AUGGCACUACAUAUCUUCGACCCUGUUCAGGACUCCGAAAUCAGAACAACAACCAAGCUGUUGAAAGAUCUGAAUGGUGAUGCCAAACUCCACUUUGUUCAAAUCGACCGUUUGGAUCCUCCCAAGCAACAAGCAAUUGAGUACCUGAAUGUAGAAAGAAACCAAAGCCCAGGAACUCCGCUUCCCUACAUUCCUAGACGAACAUAUGCUUACUACUACCUGAACAAGAAAAUGCCGCUCUACAAAGCUUUGGUAAACGUAUCUGACAACCGGGUGAUAGCCAACCAGGAAACUCCAGAAGGCACAAUUGGCCCUCUUUUGCCAGAAGACAUGAGUGCUGUCGAAGAAGCGAUUAUGAAGCAUCCAAUUGUGCUCGAAGAAAUCGCGAAGUUGAAGAUCGAUACUUUGCAGUACAAACACGCAAGUCUGGGGAAUCUUGGCUACACAGUGGUGUGUGAGCCCUGGAUGUACGGGACGGACUCUAUCCACGAUAAAAUUCCGCUCAUCCAAGCUUAUAUGUACAUGAAGCUCAACCAUCCAGAGGCAAACCACUACUCAAUUCCCCUGCGUUUCUCGCCCGUUUUCGAAUAUUUGUCGCACAAGUUUGUCAGAAUGGACUACUUACCUUCAGGCGCUGACGAAAAAUACAUCCGGGACACUCUGCCUUACCAGCAGAUGGACACGGUGGAAUACCAUCCAGAACUCAUUGAAGGUUACACCGAGAGGGAAGGCUUGAAACCCUUGAUCGUUUCACAGCCCGAAGGUGCUUCAUUUGAAGUUGAAGGCUCUAAAAUCAAGUGGCAAGGAUGGGAAUUCAGGGUGUGCACCAACGCCAGAGAAGGUGUGGCCAUUUACGAUGUCUUCUUCAAAGGCAGAUCGCUUUUCUACCGAAUUGCUAACAACGAAAUGACAGUUCCUUAUAUGGAUCCUCGUGCUCCUUACCACAGAAAGCAGGCUUUUGACCUCGGUGAUUGUGGAUUCGGUAAUUGUGCCAAUUCGUUAGCUCUGGGUUGUCACUGUUUGGGUGUAAUCAAAUAUUUGGACUUAACGAGAUGUGACCAAGACGGUAAUCCUGUCUUGGUCCCAUCCACCGUGUGCAUGCAUGAACAGGACUAUGGGCUCCUGUAUUUGCACAAAAAUUACCGUAACGGUAACACGGUCACCACUAGAAGAAGAGAGUUUGUCAUUCAGACGAUCGCAACCGUUGCAAACUACGAAUAUGUCAUGAAUUAUAUUUUCGAUCAAGCAGGUGCCAUUACUGUGCAAGUGAGAGCCACUGGUAUUUUAUCCACUAUGCCUAACGAUGAAGGUGUUGUGACUGAUUUUUCCACAAUCGUGGGCCCUGGUGUGACAGCGGCUUUCCAUCAACAUUUGUUGUCUUUCCGUUUCGACACCAGACUAGACGGUGACAACAAUACGGUGGUUUACGACGAUUACGUGCCUAUGGAGGAAAAUACUCCAAUGAAUGUUUACAACAUUGGUGCGCGCCAGGAAAGGACGUUUGUUGAAAACUCGGGCUACAUCGAACAGUCACCAUUCACCAACCGUACCUACAAAGUCAUCAACGAGAACUCGAUCAACCCAGUCACUAAGAAACCGGUGGGCUACAAAUUUGAAAUGCCAGCGAAACAGAUGAUCAUGGCUUCGAAAAACUCCUACAAUGUCAAGAGAGCUCUUUAUGCUACAAAACAAUUUUGGGUUAGUAAAUACCACGAAAAUCAGCUGUAUGCUGCCGGAGAAUUUACUAACCAAUCCCAGGGUGACACUGGUCUCUCCAAAUGGGCUGAUGGUACUGAAAGCGUUAGAAAUACCGAUACCGUUGUAUGGCCCACUUUGGCAUUGACGCAUCCUCCAGUCACCGAGCAAUUCCCUGUUAUGACUUCCGAUUUCUUGCAGUUCCUUGUUACGCCCGCAUCGUUCUUCACAAGAAACCCUGCUCUGGACGUUCCAUUGGCCAACAACAAUUUCAACAAAUCUGUCUAUUAUGACGAUGCUCAAAAGGCAGCAGGCUUGCCUACCUCCAAAUCAUCUACUUGUUGCUCAACCGGUAAAAGUAGCAUAUAA